UUGUCUUCAGAGCGGCUCAGACGUGAGGCGCGCGCAGAAGCUGUUUGUUAUCAUCAGAAAUAUCGAUAAUAAGCGGUGAAAAUCAUGUAUGAUCAAGACGAAGAUAUCCAGUAUGAUGAAGAUGAUGAUGAAAUCACCCCUGACCUGUGGCAGGAGGCCUGCUGGAUUGUCAUCAGCUCGUACUUUGAUGAGAAGGGUUUGGUGCGACAGCAGCUGGACUCCUUCGAUGAGUUCAUCCAGAUGUCUGUGCAGAGGAUAGUGGAGGACGCUCCACCCAUAGACCUGCAGGCUGAAGCCCAGCACACAUCUGGAGAGGUGGAGGAACCGCCUCGAUACCUGCUGAAGUUUGAGCAGAUCUACUUGUCCAAACCUACGCAUUGGGAAAGAGACGGCGCUCCGUCACCUAUGAUGCCGAACGAAGCCAGACUUCGAAAUCUCACGUAUUCUGCUCCUCUGUAUGUGGACAUCACAAAGACCAUCAUAAAAGACGGGGAGGAGCAGCAGCAGACGCAGCAUCAGAAAACAUUCAUCGGCAAAAUUCCCAUCAUGCUCCGCUCCACGUACUGUCUGCUGAGCGGGCUGACGGACAGAGAUCUCUGUGAGCUGAACGAGUGUCCGCUGGACCCCGGAGGAUACUUCAUCAUCAACGGCUCAGAGAAGGUUCUGAUUGCUCAGGAGAAGAUGGCCACUAACACAGUGUAUGUGUUUGCCAAGAAAGACUCCAAAUAUGCGUACACCGGAGAGUGCAGGUCCUGUCUGGAGAACUCAUCCAGACCCACCAGCACCAUCUGGGUCAGCAUGAUGGCCCGAGGAGGACAGGGAGUAAAGAAAAGUGCCAUCGGUCAGAGGAUCGUCUCCACACUGCCGUAUAUCCGGCAGGAGGUGCCCAUCAUCAUUGUGUUUCGCGCUUUAGGAUUCGUGUCUGACAGAGACAUUCUGGAGCACAUCAUCUAUGACUUCGAUGAUCCGGAGAUGAUGGAAAUGGUAAAGCCGUCUCUGGACGAGGCGUUUGUGAUUCAGGAACAGAACGUGGCUCUGAACUUCAUCGGCUCCAGAGGGGCCAAACCUGGAGUCACUAAAGAGAGGAGGAUUAAAUACGCUAAAGAGGUUCUGCAGAAGGAGGUGCUGCCGCAUGUGGGCGUUUCAGACUUCUGCGAGACCAAGAAAGCUUACUUUCUAGGUUAUAUGGUCCACCGUCUGCUGCUGGCCGCUCUGGGCAGACGAGAGCUGGACGACAGAGAUCAUUACGGCAACAAGAGGCUGGAUCUUGCCGGACCGCUGCUUGCCUUCCUUUUCAGAGGAAUGUUUAAGAACCUGCUGAAGGAGAUCAGGAUUUACGCUCAGAAGUUUAUUGAUAGAGGGAAAGACUUUAAUCUGGAGCUGGCCAUUAAAACACGCAUCAUUUCUGACGGACUGAAGUAUUCUCUGGCCACAGGGAACUGGGGAGAUGUGAAGAAAGCCCACCAGGCCAGAGCUGGAGUCUCUCAGGUGUUAAACCGGCUGACCUUCGCCUCCACUCUCUCCCACCUGCGGCGUGUGAACUCUCCCAUUGGCCGAGAUGGUAAACUGGCAAAACCCCGGCAGCUCCACAACACACUGUGGGGAAUGGUGUGUCCUGCAGAGACCCCCGAGGGUCACGCUGUGGGUCUGGUGAAGAAUCUGGCCCUCAUGGCCUACAUCUCUGUGGGGUCGCAGCCGUCGCCCAUCCUGGAGUUUUUAGAGGAGUGGAGUAUGGAGAAUCUGGAGGAGAUCUCUCCAGCCGCCAUCGCAGAUGCCACUAAGAUUUUUGUGAACGGCUGCUGGGUGGGCAUCCACAAAGACCCCGAGCAGCUGAUGAACACACUGCGCAAGCUGAGGAGGCAGAUGGACAUCAUCGUGUCGGAGGUCUCCAUGAUCAGAGAUAUCCGCGAGCGAGAGAUCCGCAUCUAUACUGACGCCGGCCGCAUCUGCAGACCGCUGCUGAUCGUGGAGAAACAGAAGCUGCUGCUGAAGAGGCGACACAUCGACCAGCUCAAGGAGAGAGAGUACAACAACUACAGUUGGCAGGAUCUGGUGGCCAGCGGUGUGGUGGAGUACAUCGAUACUCUGGAGGAGGAGACUGUGAUGCUGGCCAUGACCCCUGAUGACCUCCAGGAGAAGGGCGUGGCUUAUUGCUCCACAUACACGCACUGCGAGAUCCACCCGUCCAUGAUCCUGGGUGUCUGCGCAUCCAUUAUUCCCUUCCCUGAUCACAACCAGUCUCCCAGAAACACCUACCAGUCUGCUAUGGGGAAGCAGGCUAUGGGUGUGUACAUCACUAAUUUCCACGUGCGGAUGGACACGCUGGCACACGUGCUGUAUUACCCACAGAAACCGCUGGUCACCACACGCUCCAUGGAGUAUCUGCGCUUCAGAGAGCUGCCCGCAGGAAUUAACUCCAUCGUGGCGAUCGCCUCAUAUACUGGAUACAACCAGGAGGAUUCUGUGAUCAUGAACCGCUCGGCUGUGGAUCGCGGAUUCUUCAGGUCUGUGUUCUACCGCUCAUACAAGGAGCAGGAGUCUAAGAAAGGCUUUGACCAGGAAGAAAUCUUCGAGAAGCCCACACGAGAGACCUGUCAAGGAAUGAGACACGCCAUCUAUGAUAAGCUGGAUGAUGAUGGUCUGAUCGCUCCGGGUGUGCGUGUGUCCGGUGAGGACGUGAUUAUCGGUAAAACGGUGACUCUGCCCGAGAACGAUGAUGAGCUGGACAGCACCAACCGCCGCUACACCAAGCGGGACUGCAGCACCUUCCUGCGCACCAGCGAGACCGGCAUCGUGGACCAGGUCAUGGUCACGCUCAACCAGGAGGGAUACAAGUUCUGCAAAAUCAGGGUGCGUUCAGUUCGUAUUCCACAGAUUGGGGAUAAGUUUGCCAGUCGACACGGACAGAAGGGAACCUGCGGGAUCCAGUACAGACAAGAGGAUAUGCCGUUCACUUGCGAGGGAAUCACUCCAGAUAUCAUCAUCAAUCCUCACGCCAUCCCAUCCAGAAUGACAGUCGGCCAUUUGAUCGAGUGUCUACAGGGGAAGGUGUCUGCUAAUAAAGGAGAGAUCGGUGACGCCACGCCAUUCAAUGAUGCUGUCAAUGUGCAGAAAGUCUCCAAUCUGCUGUCUGAAUACGGCUACCAUCUCAGAGGAAAUGAGGUUCUAUAUAACGGCUUUACGGGUCGUAAACUGACAUCUCAGAUCUUCGUCGGACCACAUAUUACCAGCGUCUGAAGCACAUGGUGGACGAUAAGAUCCACUCCAGAGCCCGCGGGCCGGUGCAGAUCCUCAACAGACAGCCCAUGGAGGGGCGAUCACGUGACGGCGGUCUGCGUUUCGGAGAGAUGGAGCGUGAUUGUCAGAUCGCUCACGGAGCUGCUCAGUUCCUGAAGGAGCGUCUGUUCGAGGCCUCGGACCCAUAUCAGGUGCACGUGUGUAACCUGUGUGGACUCAUGGCCAUCGCUAACACACGCACACACACCUAUGAGUGCAGAGGCUGCCGCAACAAGACACAGAUCUCUCUGGUGCGGAU